AUCUGUUAAUAGUUCCAGUUCUUUGUGAAGAAACACAGGACCAAUAAACAUGUCUGAUGGUGAAGAAGAUCAAACCGCAAUUGUAUGCGACAACGGAUCAGGAUUAGUAAAGUCUGGAUUCGCAGGAGAUGAUGCUCCAAGAGCUGUAUUCCCUUCUAUUGUUGGAAGACCAAGACAUCAAGGUGUGAUGGUAGGAAUGGGUCAAAAGGACAGUUACGUUGGAGAUGAAGCACAAAGCAAGAGAGGUAUUCUUACUCUCAAAUAUCCAAUUGAACACGGAAUCAUCACUAAUUGGGAUGACAUGGAAAAGAUUUGGCAUCACACAAUGUACAACGAACUUCGAGUUGCACCCGAAGAACACCCAACUCUUCUUACUGAGGCUCCACUCAAUCCUAAAGCUAAUCGUGAGAAGAUGACCCAAAUUAUGUUUGAAACAUUCAAUGUACCAGCAAUGUACGUUGCAAUCCAAGCUGUUCUUUCUCUCUACGCUUCUGGAAGAACCACUGGUAUCGUCAUGGAUGCUGGUGAUGGUGUCUCACACAACGUACCCAUCUACGAAGGAUAUGCUCUUCCUCACGCAAUCGCUCGCCUCGAUUUGGCUGGUCGUGAUCUUACUGAUUAUUUGAUGAAAAUUCUCACUGAAAGAGGAUAUUCCUUUGUUACUACUGCUGAACGUGAAAUAGUUCGAGAUAUCAAAGAAAAACUGUGCUAUGUUGCACUUGACUUUGAACAGGAAAUGGCAACAGCUGCUUCGUCAACCUCAUUGGAGAAAAGCUACGAACUUCCUGAUGGACAAGUCAUCACUAUUGGAAACGAAAGAUUCCGAUGCCCGGAAACUCUAUUCCAGCCAUCUUUUAUCGGAAUGGAAUCAGCCGGAAUUCACGAAACUACCUACAAUUCUAUCAUGAAGUGCGACAUUGAUAUUCGUAAGGACUUGUACGCCAACAAUGUGCUCUCUGGUGGAACCACAAUGUAUCCAGGUAUCGCUGAUCGUAUGCAGAAGGAAAUCACUGCUCUUGCACCAAGUACAAUGAAAAUCAAGAUCAUCGCUCCACCAGAAAGAAAAUAUUCUGUCUGGAUCGGAGGAUCGAUCCUUGCCUCUCUCUCAACUUUCCAACAGAUGUGGAUUUCAAAGCAAGAAUAUGAUGAAGCUGGUCCUUCUAUCGUCCACAGAAAAUGUUUUUAAUAGUUAUGAUCAAUUUUGACAUUUGUUAAAUUUGAUAACUUGAUAAAAUAUUAAACGGGACACUGCAACUAAAGUUAGACGAUCGAUGUUAAAUGAACAUUUUUUAUACUUAUUUUAAUAAAUAUCCUAAAAUUGUUAGAAAAUAAAAUUUUGAUUAUGACUCGCUUAUGUAAUGAAUUUGUAAUAUGAAAAUAAAACUAAAAUUAGUGUAUUUA